AAAAGUGUGAAAAGAUCAUCGUUGAGAAUAAGAUUUUGACAAUGAUAGGUUGCUAACCUAAUCUGCAACCAUGUAUCGUAACGGCGUGAGCACUGAAACGUGCUAGCAGAAAAACAGUGCAAAUAGGAUGGUCUUGCGAAACGUUGGUAACAGCUUGAUUAAGACUGUCGGAAAUGUAUACAUUAAGAAGAAUGAAUGGAGCAUCAGGAAACCUAUUAAAAGACUGUACACGGCAUUGCCGCGACUCACGCCGCUGGAGGUCACAUCGAUCUUACAAGCUAACGAAUAUACCAAAGAAUUCGAUGGUCAAAGCUCUGUGAAAUAUUACGAUUCGAAUCAGUUAGCAUCUAAUAGUCCUAUAGAAGACACUCGAUGCGAGGCCCAAUGUUUGUUUACAAAAGGGAUAUUGUUAGGUGUGUUCGAUGGUCACGGAGGUGGUACUUGCGCACAAAUCGUUUCUAAGAGACUUUUCCAUUAUAUCUCAGCAUGUUUGUUGCCCGCAAAAUUGCUAAAACAAUAUUUAAGCACGAUCAAUUCGGACAAUAAAAUCGAAUUCCUUCAGAUAUUCAAUAACAAAGUGGAGUUCGUCUCCGAGAUUAAAGAUCUUUACCAAGCGAGUUUCUUGAGCUUUGUCAAAGAAUUGAUAGAAACGGAGUGUAAAAAAGAGUUUCAAAUGGAAAGAGCUUUAGAGAACGCGUUUCUCAGAUUAGAUAACGAUUUGUCGAACGAAGCACUUUUAAAUUUAGGUAAGACCAGUACCGCUAGGACCCUCGCUGUCGCAAUGUCUGGCGCCGUUGCGGCUGUCGCACACAUCGAUGGUCCACAUUUGCACGUCGCCGGAGUUGGUGAUUGCCAAGCGGUACUCGGCGUCCUUUCCGAGGACGAAGGUUGGACCGCGAAAUCGAUGACCGUUGAACACAACACGGACAAUCGCGCGGAAGUCGAAAGAAUCUUUUCGGAACAUCCUGCUAAUGAGAAAUCGACUGUGAUUAAAAUGGAAAGGCUACUCGGUCAAUUAGCUCCCCUACGUUCCUUAGGUGAUUUCCGGUACAAAUGGAGCAAAGAUAUACUGAGGGAGGUGGUAGUGCCGUAUUUCGGCGAGGCUGCGAUCCCCCCGCACUAUCACACUCCCCCGUAUUUAACGGCAAAGCCGGAAGUGAAAUACCACAGGCUGACACCCAGAGACAAGUUCCUUAUCAUAGCUAGCGACGGCUUGUGGGAUUUAAUGACACCUUUGCAAGCUGUCCGGCUGGUGGGCGAACAUAUGAGCGGGAAGGUGACAUUAAAUCCGUUGAGGCUGCCUCGGAAGAACAUGAAAUUGUCUGAGAUUAAUAAAAUGUUGUUGCAACGGAAAGAAGGCUUGAAACGGAAGCCGCUGGACAGUAACGCGGCGACUCAUUUGUUGAGAAAUGCGCUAGGCGGUACGGAGUACGGUACGGAUCAUGUAAAAUUGUCGCAAUUGCUAACGCUGCCGAAAGAGGUGGUAAGAAUCUUUCGUGACGAUAUCACUGUGACGGUCGUCUACAUGGAUUCGGAAUUCUUAAGGCACUGCCCUCCAUAGAUAAAUUUCCUGUUACAUUUUUAAGACACAUUUUUUACGAUUGUCAUCGUUUCUAAGCUUUAUUUGAAGAAGCUUGUGUUGGAUCUUGUACAGCUUGUUAUUUAUUUAAUUAACAAUAAAAACAAUUUACAUGGAAA